AUGUUCAACAGAAGAAUUUCAUGUUUGUUUGAAGCCUCUAAACAAGGAUUGAGUCUUCGAUACGAUCCUCCUGGAAGUUCAAAUCGUGGCUACUAUCGAUGUUUGAGUAAAUUUUUGAAUUUGGGCGAAAAUGCUCUGGUCAAUACGUUGGAAUCAUUUAUGCUUCAAAACCAAAUUAUUCCUGUCGAGAGCGAG